AAGUCAUUCACACAUAAGCGUUACUUAUCGCAGCAUAAAAAAUUUCACUCUGGAGUGAAACCAUACAAAUGCUGGACAUGCGAUAAAUCGUUUCUAUUGUAUAAUGAUUUAAAAAAACACAUUAGGACCCAUACUGGAGAAAAAACCUAUAAAUGUGAUGUUUGUGACAAGUUGUUUGCUCUUUCUGGUAGUUUAAAUGUCCACAUGAGAAUGCAUUCUGGUGAGAGACCAUUUAAAUGUGAUGGCUGUGGUAAAUCGUUUGCUGACUCUUCUAAUUUAAAAAAGCAUAUGAGGAUACAUACCGGUGAAAAACCUUAUAGUUGUGGUGUGUGUGGUAGGUAUUUCAAUCAAACCAUUUCUUUGCGUCGCCACAAGGAGACCCAU